AAUUAUCGUUGACAUAGGUCCGGAAGUGAAAAAAAUGUAAACAUGACAGCUGUGUGGCAACAAGCACUUGCUUUAGACGCCAAAUUCAAUGCUUACAGAACUCCAAACAACCCCCAGUUUAAGACUCUUUACAUCAGGAGGAAAAGCCAGCUUCUUCGAGAGAGUGCCAAAUCGGGGAGGGAUCCUGCAGUGAGGAAGGAGUUUCUUCCCAUUCGAGCUCAACUUCUAACAGCCAAAUAUGGAAGCCCUGCAUUCUCAGAUCAAGGGAGUAUUAGAAGCAGAUCAUUUAGCAUGCGAAGUGUAGGCAGGAACACAUUAGAGAGUUUUGACAAUUUGGCAAUCUCUGAUGGGAAAAAGCAUCAUAGGAGACAUCUUAGUAGUGGGUCCAUGAAACUGUCCUUUGAUGGACCAAUGAAAAGAGUUUUUGACAGCAUUGAACUUGUUCCAACAAAAGAAGCAGAUGCUAGCAGGGCAAUGGCAGGUGGAAAGACUAUUUCAGAAAAUUAUGCCUUUGCUGGAAUGCAUCACAUCUUUGACCAACACACAGCUGCAGUGAGCAGUGUAAAGUUUGCCAAUGAUGACAGAUCUCGUGUGGCCUGCUCCUCUUUGGAUGGAACCCUCUCUAUAUGUCAGGUGAUUCCCCCUCCAGCCACAGUCAUCUGUAUGUUGAGGGGACAUAAGGCUGGGGUCAGAGACUUUGUGUGGUCUUUAUCCAAUGACAUCAUUUUAAGUGUGUCACUAGAUGGCACUGCUAAGAUCUGGGAUGUGGCAGCAGGAAGUUGCAUCAGGACUAUUGAAGAUGAACAAGGGGGAGAACUCCUCUGUUGUGCUUUCCAACCUCUCAACAACAAUAUGUUUGUUACUGGCAACAGUAAACACAUGGUCCAAGUAAUCAAUGUCUCAACUGGAAAAGGAGUUAAGGGUGGUAGCAGCAAAAUAACUGGCAGAGUUACAGCUCUUACUUUUGACCCCACAGGACGGAUUUUAUGGGCAGGGGAUAACAGAGGAUCUAUAUUUUCAUUCACAAUAGACAUAGCUACUGGAAAAUUAACAAAGACAAGGAGGAUUACAGUAUCAGAAGGUCACCCCAUUACCAGCAUCUCUGCCCGGGCCUGGAUCAGCAGAGAGGCCAGGGACCCCUCUCUUCUAAUCAACUCCUGUAUCAAUGCAAUGUGUCUGUUCAGAAUCAUCACAGAUGAUGGUGGACUACAACUAAAGAAAACUUUCCCAGUAAAACAGAAAAGAUCUCACAUUAGGAGUACAUUCUGUCCCCUCAUGUCUUUCCGACAGGGAGCCUGUGUCAUAUCUGGAAGUGAGGAUAUGUGUGUGUACUUCUUUGAUAUUGGAAAGGACAGCAAGCCAUGUGUGAAUAAACUUCUGGGUCAUUCCGCUCCAGUGCUUGACGUCUGCUUCAACUGUGAUGAGAGUUUGUUAGCUUCCUGUGAUGAACAGGGACUGGUCAUCAUUUGGAAAAGAGAGGGAAAGCAAGGGGCUUUAUAGAAUCUUCAAUUGUUCAGCUUUUAAUGAAUACAUAUCAAUUAUUACAAGUGUAUUACAUAUACAGAGAACAUGUUAAAUUGUUAGGGUAUAUUGCUAAAUAGGAGAUGUUUUGUGUAAUAAGCCAAAGAAAAUUCAAUGUUCUGUGUGAUGAUACCCCUUUGAUUUUCUGGACUAUUGGGAAUUAUUAUAUAUUUAUCUCUAUCAGCAAUACUACUUACUGUUUGUGACAAAACUGAGGACAUUUCCAAAUGGAGCAGCCAUUCACAACAGAAGUGUCAUCUUUUGUGCACGAUUGCCCAAAAUCAGUAAGGUGACAAUAUUCAAAUGGUGUCAACCCAAAAAUAACAUGUUUAUAUCAAAGUACAGUGUAAUAUCUAAGUGUAGUCAUGUACAUGUACUUUAUACAUGUAAGUAAUUAUUUAAGCUUUCAUUCAUUUUCCCAUUUUUGUAGAAAUUAGUGCUUUCUUCAUAAAGUUGCAUUUAUAUUAUUUUCUUUCGCUACCAGCAUUUAUAAUUAUGUUGAGAAAAAGAGAGAGAGGGAGAGAGAGAAUCUGCUGCUCAAAUAAAAAUGUCAGUGCAAUAUUUCUUUAUCUCUUAUCCAGGUAUUCAGAAUUAUGGUAUGUAACAAUAAUUUGUUUAAUAAAAACUUGAUAUGUGACUGAA